GGUAGGAGGAGUAUUGCUCUUGGUAUUCCUAGCUGUUCCUCCGUACCGUCCAAGUCACCACUUUCCUUCCUGCGCCCGUGGUUGAAUACGUUUCGGUUAUAUUUCCGAGAAACUGACCCUUGCCAUCUUGCGACGCUCGUCAUCACCGACUCAAUUCAUCCGUAAAGCAUUAUUAUUAUCGUGGUACAUACUUACACGAUUCGGACAGAUAUCUUUGUCAGCGCCAGCUGUGGCAACCCAUACCUGUAUCGGUCGUGUGGUCUUCUAUCCAUAUGGCCUCCUCUGACUAUGAUGCCAAAACCACGGACCCGCCUCUGAUUCAGAGGAGCUCCAGCAUCAAGUCUUACUCGACUUCCCGGGCCACUUACCCGAAACUCCGCGUCUUCUACAGGCGGCAUCAGCACGCCGACAACCUCCCGACAUCUCCCGCCCCGAUUCCCCUCCUCGUGUUCGUUCACGGGCUGGGCGGCUCCGUGGCGCAGUUCAACUCGUUGCUCACCAGCCUGACGCCGAUCGCGUCGUGCUUGGCCGUGGACCUUCCGGGAUGCGGCGUCUCCGAGUUUGAGCCUCGCGACUGGGAUGCCUACUCCACCGACGCCCUCGUCGAGCUCCUCGAGACCGUCAUCGAGGACCACCGCGACGUGGCGGCCGGGCAGGGGGUGGUCCUGAUCGGCCAUAGCAUGGGCGCCUCCCUCGCCGCCCUGCUUGCCAACCCGCGGAAGCCGACGACGGCGCUCCACGAGCACGUCGUCGGGUUGGUUGCCGUGUGCCCCACGGCGGGGCAGUUCACUCCGGGGCUCGUCCGCUUGCUGCGGGCAGCGCUCUACAUCCCCGACUUCAUCUUUGACCUCUGGAGGGCCUGGGACAGGCGGGGAGGGCUCGAGAGCCCCAGCGUGCACCGGUUCGUCGGGGCGGGCGCCGACACCGAGACCAAGCGGCUCCAGUACAUGUACAACUUGCAGAGCAAAACCCCCGUCUGGCGGCGCAUGGCGUGGGGCGCGCUGCCCGUGUACACCAACGGCGUGCCUUCGGACGGCAUCGCGGGGCUGGACGUCUGGGCCGGCCUGAACCUGCCCGUGUUCCUGGUCGCCGGGACCGACGAUCAGGUGGUGCCCCCGGGGGAGGCCGACAAGAUCGCGGCGGUCCUCGGCGGUGACAAGUCAGAGUCCAGCCUGGAGACCAACGGGUCUGCGAAGCGCGGCGGAGGAGGGAGCGCGCCGGCCAACGGGGCGGCGGGGCUCCCAGAUCUGCCACGGCACCCGAAGAAGGUGGUCAUCAGCACCAGGCUGCCGAGCCCGGCCGGGCACGGCCUGCUGUAUGCGCCGGCGACGGUACCCGUCCUGGCGGGCCUCGUGUCGGACUUCCUCUCGACGCACGUCACGGGCCGCCUGUCGCUGGGCUGGCAGCUGCAGCACCUCUGCCGCGGCGGGAAGUGGGACGUCAAGAAUCUCGAGAAGUGGCGCAACGUGGCGCCCGUGUCGGGGCCGAUCGGCGGCAUGUUCCGCGCCAUCAAGACGCUCCGGGAGGUGGACGAGGAGCACUGCCCGCGCGUGUUCGUCCAGAAGUGGGGACACAUCAUCAAGGACGUCAUCGACAUCUCGCACGACAACCCGGUCUACAACCCGUCGGGCCUCGAGCAGGGCGGGAUCCGGUACCACAAGUACGCGACGCUGUCCAAGGUGCCGCCCAACGAGAGCGAGAUCCGCGGCUUCAUCGACCUGGUCGACAAGAUCCGGGCCCGCCAGCGGGACCAGGCCAGGACCGACGGUUGGGCCGACGGUUACGCCAUCGGCGUGCACUGCCACUACGGCUUCAACCGGACCGGCUUCCUCAUCGCCUGCUACCUGGUCGAGCGGUGCGGGUUCACCGCCAAGGAGGCCAUCGAGGCCUUUGCCAAGGCCAGGCCGAACGGGAUCAGGCACGAGCAUUUCAGGGACCGGCUCUAUGUCCGGUAUUCUGGGGUCAAGAGUGAGACAUAGGAAUAAUCUUGUUCUGCCUCGUGUUGCCUCUGGAAGGCCUUUUUAUUUUUUCGGUUGCUUUUUCUUCUCUUCUCUUCUCUUCUCUUCUCUCUUCUUUUAUUUACAGUUGUGCUCCUCAAUGUGU